CCCGCCCCGUCGCGGUUCCUACCUCGGCCCCGAGCAGCCGCGGGCGCUGCAGAUGCCGGAGGCGCGGACCCGGCAGGUCGCGCGGGGGCAGCCCGGGGCCUCGGUCAGAGGGGCGGCCCGGGGAGCGCGGUUGUGAAACCCGCGGGGGGCGGGAGGACCGCUUAAAAGAGCUGCUCCGGCCUGGACCUGCCACUGCCUGACCUGCGGGAGAGGCGGGCGGAUGGAGCCGCGGCCCGAAAUGGCAGGAAAUCUUCUGAAGACAUCAUCUUUGUCUGUAAGGACAAAAUUACUACAUCAAACAGGAUUAUCUCUUUAUAAUACAUCUCAUGGCUUCCAUGAGGAAGAUUUAAAAAAAAAACUUCAACAGUUUCCUGGUGGAUCCGUUGACCUUCAGAAGGAAGACAGUGGCAUUGGUAUUCUUACCCUGAACAACCCAAGUAAAAUGAAUGCUUUCUCAGGUGUUAUGAUGCUACAACUUCUGGAAAAAGUGAUUGAAUUGGAAAAUUGGACAGAGGGGAAAGGUCUCAUUGUUCGUGGGGCAAAAAAUACCUUCUCCUCAGGAUCCGAUCUGAAUGCUGUGAAAGCACUAGCGACUCCAGAGGAUGGAAUGGCCUUAUGUAUGUUCAUGCAAAACACCUUAACAAGACUUAUGAGACUCCCUUUAAUAAGUGUUGCACUGAUUCAAGGUCGGGCAUUAGGUGGAGGAGCAGAGGUUACUACAGCAUGUGAUUUCAGGCUCAUGACCGCGGACGGCGAGAUCAGGUUCGUCCACAGGGAGAUGGGCAUCGUGCCGAGCUGGGGCGGCGGCACCCGCCUCGUGGAGCUGCUGGGCGCCCGGCAGGCCCUCAAGGUGCUAAGCGGCGCCCUCCCCCUGGACGCCGCCAGGGCCCUGAGCCUGGGCAUGGUGGAGGAGGUGCUGCGUGCCUCGGACGAGGCCAGCUGUCUGCAGGAGGCGCGAGCCUGGCUCGGGCAGUUCACCCAGGGGCCUCCCCAAGUCAUCAGAGCCUUGAAAAGGUCGGUGUCUUCCAGCAGAGAGCUCUGUUUGGAGGAGGCCUUACAGAUGGAAAAGGAGCUUGUAGGAACGGUGUGGGGCGGACCUGCAAACAGAGAGGCCAUUGCUAGGAAAGGAAAAUUUAAUAAGUAGGGGGACGAAAUACCGGGCUCCAGGGGAGCUCCAGUGCUGGACACUCACAGGCGUUCAACCAGAAUUACUUUAAAGGCUACGCUAGUGUUUGAUUUUUUGUAGUUUUUUUCAAUCACUGACUUACUGAUCUAGUUUUCCAUAUAUCUGGGUAAUCAUCAAGUAAUCUGAAACAUUUCGCUAGAAUAUAUAACACUUUUGGCCUAAAAAUUAUCAUAAGUUGCCACAGUAAUUCUUACACUGUAACCAAAGACCAGUUUUUAAAAGGAAACACCUUUCCACAAACCUAUCCCUGGGUUAUUUUUCGUACUACUUUUUCUGUUUUACCUGGAAAUAAUUUACAAAAAUAACGUACUGAGAUUUGCACUAAAGAACAAAAGUGGAGGGGAGUCAGGGACAGUAAGAAGAGGUAUGAUUGGGGACCCCUGGGGGGCUCAGCGGUUUAGCACCACCUUCUGCCCAGGCCGUGACCCCAGGGUGCUGGGAUCGAGUUCCACGUUGGGCUUCCUGGAGGGAGCCUGCUUCUCCCUCUGCCUGUGUCUCUCAUGAAUAAAUAAAUAAAAUCUUAAAAAAAAAAAAAAAAAA